UAUAUAUAAAACACGACCAACCUAAUUGCAAAUAAAAAAUAAUCAAAAUUUAAUAUAUUAAAUAAAAAAUAUUAUAGUUGAAUUAGAUAAAUAGAUGCAAUUCAAUAUGCAUAAAUGAUAACUAAAUCGACUGUAAAAACAAUAAAACCGACUAGAUAUAACAUAUCAAAAAUCAUGUCUAUUUAAAGUAAUAUAAUAUUAUUAAUAUAAAUUAUACAUAUAAAUUAUAAAUUAAUUUAAAAUUAAAAGUAAAUAUCAAUCAAUUAUUAUAGUUUAUUUAUUGUAUAAAUAUUUAUACCCGUGCAUGAGCACGGGAAAAUCACCUAGUACAACUAAUUGUUAAAUAUUUUUCAAAUCAUGAACAUAAAGUAAAAAUGCAAACAAAGGAGUAGAGGUAUUAAAAAAAUAUAGAACACAGCCUGCCAUUUAACAAAAAAAAAAAUUGUAAAGCAUGAGUUGGAACUUCGCUGUCGUCUUGAGUUUGUGAGGAAGAGGAACAUAUUUUUUUUCAUAUUUUUCGUUUUACUUAUUUUCUUAAUGUUUCUGUAUUAUAAAUUAGUUGGGUCUGAUACAAUUUGGGCUUAAAUAAACAUACAGUUAAAGUUUAAAAUAACAAAACGUGUUUAGUAAUUUAAGUUUUUUUGUAAUUAUAAGGAAAUGAGGUUAAAUCCAAAAUUUAAUAUUUUAAUUGUAUAAUUAAAUUGUAUAGUUAAAUUGUAUCUUUAAUGUUUAGUAAUUAUUUUUGUGUUGCCAAAUUUAUUUUUGGUCAAUACAAAUUUUAUUUAAAUAAUACAGUGGUGGGUUCAGCUGACCCCCUCCCCCUGCUCUUAAGCUGUCUCCACCCCUGCCUGUAUUUAUAAAAGAGGCAUAGGCAAUAGAUUUGUCCUGUAUCACUUAGACAAACAUUAAAGAAAAUAUAUCAAAACAGAAACCCAUCAAGUCAAUUAUGCUUAUCAACAGAACCAAAAAGCCCGACGACGAGCUUGUGAAACUAACUGGAGUGUAUAACUCGGUGGAACUAAACAAAGAGAUAGAUACGAAGAAACAUCACAAAAGAAAAUUGAGAAAACGACAUUGUUUGGCCGAGCUUUCUUUUAUUUCUUUUUAAAUAGCUAGCUAGAUUUUCUGUCACAUUUAGCAUUACCACAUAAAUCAUUAGUAUUAGACAUGUCAGCUUUUUAAAUAUUUGACAAACAUAUAAGUAGUCAAAGUAUGAUUUAGUCUAGUUAUGAGAGUUCAAGUAUUAACUUUGAGAUAUGAUUUAACAAAUGUCAUUAAUGUAUGUACUAAUCGGAACCAUUGGCAUGUGUUAAGGUAUGAAAUAACCAAUUUUUCGUUUCAUGUUCCCAAGUUGCUUCUUAUUCCCCAUUGCAGUCACAUGCAACUUGGAUUAUUUUGACUUUAUUUCUGCCACCUGUCUUAACUUUCUUGCUAAUGACCUAGAGUGGUAUUCCCUCUACACUUAAUUUUCUCUUAAGUCGGAUGGUGGUUCUGAAAUCACAUUAUCCCGAUCACUUCCAUAGCAUAAAUACAUGGAACACGUUAUGGAACUGAGCCAUCGAUGAAGGAAUAUCCAGUUCCUAGGUGACUUGUCCAAUCCUUUCCAGGAUUUUGAACGGUCCCAUACUCCCAUGUAUCUUGGACGAACUUUGCAUUCUUUGAUGUUCAGUCUUUGCAUUUGUAAGUGAUGGUUUUGAGAUAUACUACAUCUCCAACUUCGAACUCAUACUGUUUCAUGUAUCUGUCCUCAUAAAUCUUUUAUCUAUUUUGAGGCUCUUUCAUUUUCAUCUUCAGUAAUCAGAUUCUUUCAGUUGUCUAUUCAAACAAAGUCUAGACCAAAUAUAUUGUGCUCCCUCAUUUAGGUCGAGCAUAGCGGUAUUUUUUAAGAUCGUCCAUACAAUGCUUUGUAAUGCGAAAUUCCAAUGAAUGCACGAUGAUUGGCAUAUGAAAACUUAACCAAUGCAAGUGCUUGCUUAAGAAAAUUUAAUUAAUAGAUGACUACAGUUUUUAAAUGAACAUUUUCAGUCUAGCUUAUGUGAGACUUCUGGCUCCAUAUCAAGCUAAUCAGCUAUUCCGAGCAUGACAUCGCACAAUAAAAUGACCAGAAAAAUUCAACACAGCCAAAUAAACACAGGAAUUUUCUAUAUCAAAGACUCAAAGGAAAGAAAAUAUUACAAUAGUCUAACAUGAUAUAAAAAAUACCACUCUUGCUAACAAUGAACUCACCUGAAUUAGUUCCCAUUUUGGGUCCGUCUCAAACAUACAUUUGUUUUAAAUGAUUGUGCUACUUAAAAAAAAAUUAUUCAUUUAGAAAAAUAAAAUAUCUUAAAUAUAUUUUUGGAGAAAACGGUCAACUAAAUACUGAACUUGCACAUUUUUGCUAAAAAAUCACGAACUUUUUAUUAAUCCAAAAAACAUAUUAACUUAUGUUGACCAAACCAAAUUAGAUAUAACUUUAGUCAAAAUUAUUUUUUUUCUUAAACCGACAUUUAUUUUUUAAUGGAAAUUAAAACAAUAUUGUUUUGCUAAAAAAAUUAACAAAAUUCACCUUAAAAAUAUUUUAACUUACAUAUUUUGGCUAAAAACAUGAACUUUUCACUGAUCCAAAAAAAUAUAAACUUUUUCGGUUCGGAUUUUUGAGUCUUGGUUUAUAUAUAUUUUUUAUUAAACAAAACACUCUUUACAUUUUUGGAUCAAUGAAAUUUUCAUGCUUUUUAGCGAAAUUGUGUAACUUUAGUAUUUUUAUGGUGAAUUUGUUAGAUUUUUUCUUUUAUUUUAGCAAAACAAUGUCGUUAUGAUUACAUUAAGAAAUAAACAUUGGUCAAGUGUAAUUUGGCUUGAUCAACAAAAGUUUAUAUGUAUUUUGGAUUAAUGAAGUGUUCGUGUUAAAGGUUGUAAGUUCAGUAUUUAUUUGAAAAUUUUCUCUAUAUUUUUGUCGAGGGUAAAUAUGUAACAAGAAUCUACAUAUAUUAAUUUUUCAGAUCUACGUUUUUUCUUCUUUUUUUUUUGAAACACAAAAAAAAAAACAUUUUUUCAGAUCUAUGUUUUCUUGCGAUUAAGAAGCAACCUAAGGACAAACAAAUGAAAAUCCAACAUCUUUAAAAUCCAUAAAAGGGAACCGUUUUGACUUCAGUUCCAAUUUGAUUUCGAUAUAAGUGUUCCUUUUGAUGUAUGUGUCUUACAAGUACAACUAAACUUCUCCCAGAACAAACACUAAAGAACUUGUCAAGCAAAGUUCUUACGUGACCGAAUAGGUCAACAGGGUCAAAAAUCAACGUUGUCCAAGUUAACGUGGCCUAAUAAUGAGCAAAGGACACUUCUUCAGUUGAUUUCGUCGUUGCCUCGUUACAUCUAUUUUAAUGUUCAACCAAAUCAAAAUAUAUACUAGUAGAAGUUAAAAAGUUGACUCGUUCACUCUUUUUGUGGGUCCUUCACAAUGCUUGUUAUUAAAAAUAGAAAGAAACAAACACUUUUCGUGGGUCAAUAUUAAUUUCCACGCAUAUUCCUAUGUACUUUGUAUAUAUAAUAGAUACCUUUGGACUUGCAAUUGUCAUCAAGAAUCUCUCAACAUCUCAAGUUACCUCUAUUCUCAUUCUCCCUCUUUAAAAAUAUAUCAGAAUUUCUGAAGCUUUUCAAUAAUUGUCUCGAGCUAUGACCGCCCAGAAAUCUGUGUUGCAAUUGAGUGUUCACGAGGAAAGAAUCAGGAAGAAAGUGUGGGCGACCGUUUCUAAAUUUUCAGGGGUUACUUCGAUAACAAUGGAUGAUAAAACCGGGAAAAUGACGGUAGUUGGUGAAGCUGAUGUACCGGUUAUCGUAAAGAAGCUAAGGAAGAUAUGUAAUGCAGAGAUUGUUACGGUUGAAGUUGUUAAACCACCAGAGAAAAAGCCAGAACCAGAGAAACCGGCCGAAAUUGUUGCCUUCCCUGUUACGCAUUUUAGCUACCCGUACCAAUAUCAUUCGUCCUAUGCUAAUUCUUACUAUCAACCAUGCGAUAAUUACAGAGUUGUGGUGGAGGAAUCAAAUACUUGUGUGAUUAUGUAACACUCCAUUUUAGUCUGUAGAACUAUUAAUUUUGAUGGAAGAAUGUAUUUUUGUGUUACUAUGAUAUAAAUUUCUUGUAAUGAGCUUAAAUUGAAGGAAAAAGGAAUUGUAAUUUUUGUUUAUAGAAA